CACCAACCAUGUCCUCAUCGCUGCUCAGAGCCAUGAUGCGAGGUCGUAGUGCUGUGAUGCCUGCUACUUUAAGCAAUUCAUUAUCGCAGUCUUCUACCUUGAGCUUGGCUAGAACAUCAAUUCUUAGAUCCUCUACUGUUCGCCCCGUUCUGAUUGCUGGCUUUUCGACCUCGAUCAUUGCCCGUUCAACUCCCUCUUCCAUUUUUGAACCGCUUGACACGUUCGCUCGUCGCCAUAUCGGUCCUUCCUCUGCUGACGUGCAGAAAAUGUGCAAGGUUGUUGGUGUAGAUUCCCUAGAAGCACUUGUUGCAAAAACUGUUCCUGAAAACAUUAGCAUUCAAAACUUGACCCGUCUUGGUCCUGGCUUGACUGAAAGUGAGGCUCUUGCCGAAAUUAAGCGCAUUGCAUCCAAGAACAAGGUGAUGAGAUCUUAUAUUGGCAUGGGCUACAACGGUACUAUUACUCCGCCUGUGAUUUUGCGCAAUAUCAUGGAGAAUCCUGGCUGGUACACUCAGUAUACCCCUUACCAACCCGAGAUUUCUCAGGGUCGUCUCGAGUCGCUGAUCAAUUACCAAACCAUGGUACAAGAGCUCACUGGUAUGGAUAUUGCCAAUGCAUCGCUUCUUGAUGAGGGCACUGCUGCUGCCGAAGCCAUGCUGAUUUGCUUCACUGCCGCCAAUCGUAAAAAGAAUAUUUUCUUUGUCGAUCAAGCAUGCUUUCCUCAAACUAUUGCAUGUGUGCAGACCCGUGCAGCUGGAUUUGGUAUUGAAGUGAUUGUUGGUGAUUAUGAAUCGUUCGACUUUUCUGCCAACAAGAACAAAGUGUGCGGUACGCUUAUCCAGUAUCCUAAUCAAUUUGGUCGUGUCAACAACUACGAGGCAUUUGUCAAAAAGGCUCAUGAUAACGGUGCUCUUGUUGCCUGUGCUACCGAUCUUCUUGCUCUUUGUCUUCUCAAACCUCCUGGAGAGAUGGGCGUUGAUAUGGCACUUGGUAAUUCUCAGCGCUUUGGUGUUCCCCUUGGCUAUGGCGGUCCCCACGCUGCCUUUUUUUCCUGCAAGGAUGCUCUUAAGCGUCGCAUGCCUGGCCGUCUGAUUGGCGUGUCCAAGGAUGUUGCUGGUAAUUCAGCCUAUCGUCUUGCUCUACAGACUCGCGAGCAGCACAUUCGUCGUGAAAAAGCCACGUCCAAUAUUUGCACUGCUCAGGCUCUGCUUGCCAACAUGGCUGCCAUGUAUGCUGUCUACCACGGUCCCAAGGGUAUCAAGGAAAUUGCUCAGCGUGUACAUAAUCUAACUGCUGUUCUUGCCAAAGCUGUCACUUCGUUUGGUCACAAAAUCACCAACGACACAUAUUUUGACACCCUUACUAUUGCCACUGCCGCUCCUGCUUCCGAGCUUGUUGCUGCUGCUUUGGAAAAGGGCAUCAAUCUUCGUUUGAUUGAUUCAAGUCAUGUUGCUGUCACGCUUGAUGAAACCGUGACUAAAGCUGAUUUGACUGAUCUGAUCCAAGUGUUUGCUUCUGGAUCGUUCAUCCAGCAGUACCAAAACGGUGCUCGAUCUGCCGCUGCAACCACUGUUCCUACUGAUCUUGUCCGUACUAGCGCUUUUCUUACUCAUCCCGUCUUCAAUCUAUACCACUCUGAGACCGAAGCCCUUCGAUACUUUACUCAGCUGAUGAACAAGGAUUUGUCUCUUGCCAAUGCCAUGAUUCCACUUGGUUCGUGCACAAUGAAGCUGAACGCGACGACAGAGAUGAUUCCAGUCACCUUUCCAGAAUUUGGCAAUAUGCAUCCUUUUGUUCCAGUUGAUCAGGCCGAAGGCUACAAGGUUUUGCUAAAUGAGCUCGAAUAUGCUCUUUCUGAAGCCACUGGGUUUGAUCGUAUUUCACUUCAGCCCAACUCAGGUGCUCAGGGUGAGUACACGGGUCUGCGUUGCAUCAAAGCCUAUCUCGAGUCGAUUGGUCAGGGUCAACGUGAUGUUUGUCUGAUUCCUGUUUCUGCUCACGGUACUAAUCCUGCUUCCGCCUCCAUGUGCAGCAUGCAAGUUGUGACUGUCAAGUGUGAGGAGAAUGGCAACCUUGAUCUUGUUGAUCUGCGCGCCAAGGCUGAGCAAUACAAGGAUCGUCUUGCUGCCACCAUGAUUACCUAUCCAUCAACGUAUGGUGUGUUUGAAGAUGGAAUCAAGGAAGCCUGUGAGAUUGUACACAAAAAUGGUGGCCAAGUUUAUAUGGAUGGUGCUAAUCUUAAUGCCCAAAUGGGUCUCUGUAAGCCAGCCGAAAUUGGUGCUGAUGUUUGUCACUUGAAUUUGCACAAGACAUUCUGCAUUCCUCACGGUGGUGGUGGUCCAGGUGUCGGUCCCAUUGGUGUUAAAUCUCAUCUUGCGCAAUUCCUUCCCUCCCACCCUGUUAUUCCCAUGGGUGGUGAAAACGCCAUUGGAUCCAUCUGUGCUGCUCCAUGGGGUUCGGCCAGCAUUCUUCCCAUUUCUUGGGCAUAUCUCAAGAUGAUGGGUGAUCAUGGGCUUCUUAAAGCAACCCAAGUUGCACUUCUUAAUGCCAACUACAUGCUACGUCGUCUUGCGCCCCAUUAUCCCAUUCUUUUCACCAACAAGAAUGGAUUCUGUGCGCACGAAUUUAUUAUUGACUGUCGUCAAUUUGAUGCCACAUCACAUAUUGCAGCCAUUGAUAUUGCCAAGCGAUUGCACGAUUAUGGUUUCCAUUCUCCAACCAUGUCGUUCCCCGUUCCCAACACGCUUAUGAUUGAGCCAACUGAAUCCGAGUCCCUAAUAGAACUUGACCGGUUUUGUGAUGCUAUGAUCCAUAUCCGCCAGGAGAUUCGCGAUGUCGAAGAAGGCCGUCAGCCUCGUGACAACAACGUCCUCACCCAUGCACCCCAUACAAUGGAUGUUUUGAUCAAUGAAAAAUGGGACAGGACUUACUCGAGAGAAACAGCUGCCUACCCUGUUCCUGGACUGAAGAAACGUAAAUUCUGGCCUAGUGUAAGCCGUGUAGAUGACACGUUUGGUGAUCGCAAUCUGAUAUGUUCCUGCCCUCCUAUUGAAGAUUAUGAACAAUAAAUUAAAUUUGAAUUGUG